AUGAUCCAGUGCGAGGGUCAGGGCUGUGGCGUGUGGCAGCAUGUGAAGUGCGUCAUUCUGCCAGACAACCCGCCGCUUACGGGUGAUUCCUCAGCAGCGCCCCAACCUGACCCGCCCCUCCCAGAACACCACUACUGCGAGCUCUGCCGCAUGGCCAGAGGAGAUCCAUUUUCUGUCCCUGUGGCUAAUCCGAUGCCACCAACUGCACUCAUUCGCCUGCCCGGGGACAACAAUCAGGUGCUGCAGCGGCUGGAGCACAAUUUCACCUUCACCCCGCACGACCUCUCUCUCCUCAGACGGCCGCACCACUACCUGCAGGUAUGGUGUGUAUUGCUAAACGACAAGACCGCCAACCGCAUGCACUGGCCUGCAUACCCACAGCUGCAAAUCAACAGUCGCAGUGUACGAGUCACCAACCGACCCGGGCAGCAGCUGCUGGGAGCCAAUGGCCGCGACGAUGGGCCCUCGAUAGCGGAGGCAUGCCAUGCGGGGGACAACCACGUGGCCAUGGCUGCCAUUGACAAGCGCCCCUUCUGCAUCGGUGUGCGCAUCAUCCGCAAGCGGUCCUUUGACGAGAUGAGUGGCUCGCGCAUUCGAGAGGCGGGGCGGUUCAGGGAGUGUGCACACAUGGGGUGCUUCGACCUGCACACAUUCAUUGAGAUCAACCAACGCGCUAGGAAGUGGCAGUGCCCCGUGUGCAUGAAGCUCUACACGCUCGACUCGCUCAUCAUCGACCCCUUCUUCCACCGCGUCUGUGAGGAGAUGGCUCAGUAUGACAGUGACGUGACAGACAUUCAACUCAGGGCGGACGGCACGUGGCGGCCCAAGCUAGAGUCGCUGCAUGGCGCCUCCAAAGCAG